AUGAAGAGUGUUGCUCUCGCCUCUCAGAUAAACAAAGUUCUGAGGGAAACAGUGACACACUUCAUUCCUUUUAGUUCAUUCUUUGAUCUUCAUUUAUUCCAACUGAAGAAUUGGGUUUGCACUUUGCAUGCAGUGAUGGAACCUGAACUUCUGAGCUUCCACAAAACCCUCACGAAUUCAGAUGUGAAACGGAACUGUGAACUGUCGAACAAGGCACGUUAUCUACCGCCCAGCAAUGGAGUCCUGAUCGUACGGGACGUGGACGGAAUACCAUAUCGAUUUAGAGCCCCAAAAAGGAGGAGCGGGAGGCGUUCUCUGACCCAGGACUGGAAGGCUUUUGCAGUUGCCAAAGAGCUUAAAGUCGGUCAGAAAAUAAGAAUGUAUCGCCUAGGUCAUGGGAAUGAAUAUGUCAUGGAAGGGGCUGUCCAACUGUUUGGAAAGGUUAUUGGUUGGCGACGACUUUAG